CACGUUUGCGGCGAGUAGAAUAAUAACACAUUUUAUGGCCCUUAAUGAACUAAAACAAUCACAACUGAAUUUCAUGGACCUGAAACGAAUAUGAGAUUUUCAAUCGAGCCGGGACCCGGAGAUUCUGGAUUUGUCCAGUGGCACUCGGCGAUGAGAAUGGUGGCGCACUUGUCCGAGGGCAUUCCUCCCGAAUUUAGGCGGAAGUUAUGGAUGAAUCUUGCCGACAGGCACUUGCAGUCGAAAAACGUGAAUUGGAUAAAAGUGGAAAGGGAGUGCUUUAGUGAGUGGUCGCAUCCUGCGGAUGCCGAAUUGGGUGUACAGAUCGUGAAAGAUUUGCAUAGGACCGGCUGUAGUUUGUUCUGCGGCGAAGACGGGCAGGAGAAUCAGGCCCUUUUAAAAAGGGUGCUGCUUGCGUACGCGCGGUGGAAUAAAGCGGUGGGGUAUUGUCAGGGGUUUAAUAUGUUGGCCGCUUUGAUACUGCAGGUAACCGAAAAAUGUGAAACGGAUGCCUUAAAGUUGAUGAUAUUUUUGAUAGAAGGGGUUCUUCCCGAGUCCUACUUUGCCGAUAGUUUACGAGGUCUUUCAGUUGACAUGGCCGUUUUUCGAGAGUUACUAAAGACACGCCUGCCUAGGCUCUCUAGGCAUCUGGACGCGUUACAAACUGCGGCAAAGGACGGAACGACUAGUUACGAACCUCCUCUCACUAACGUUUUCACAAUGCAAUGGUUUUUAACAUUAUUCUGCAAUUGUCUUCCUCAACCAACAGUACUGAGAGUGUGGGAUUUGAUUUUGUUGGAAGGGAACGAGAUCUUGUUACGUACAGCUUUGGGAAUUUGGCAGGUUUUGGCAGAAAGAAUACUAUCCGUUCGGAGCGCUGACGAAUUCUACUGCAUUAUGGGGGUGCUAACGCGGGAAUUGUUAGAAUUCGGUAUAAUCGACGCCAACUCGCUGGUCAAAGCUAUCGUACAAAUAGGUCCACUAACGGAACUUCCGGCCUUGCGAGAGAAAUACUUUUAUAACAUUAACCCAUGGAGCGCUAAUGUGUCAUCAAACGUGGAGGCGGAGAUGCGAAAUCGUCAACUGAAAUUGUACGGUCGCGAAAGGCUCGCUCUCGACAUCGGCGCGUUGAAGAAACAGUAUUCGAAGUUAAAACAACGCCAAAGACAGGCCCAUAUUAUAUUUAGUGCAGCUGUAGCUCGACAACCUUCUUCUUCGUCACCAGUGGUUGCAAUGAACCACUUGCUCCUAGGCAAGAGCGCAUUGAUAACAUCUAAACGUUUGGGCCCGCCGAAAGGUGCCAUACCUCCGUCUCGUCAGGCUCAGCCAUCCACUCUACUUUGGAAGGACGCCCCACGCCAAUCAUCAAGUUCAUCGUCUUCAGAUACGGAGUUGUGCGACGACCCCGAGAAUCACGACGAAAAUUCCACCACACCACUUUCAAAAUCGCCGUUAGAUAGCCAAUGUGUAGACGACAAUCGUAUAGAGUCUUUUAGUGAUAACCUAGAUCUUAUGAAAUUUGACAAUACAAAGGAUGAAAGCGUAUUGUCAAGUGACUGUGAACAUAGUAUUAAACCCACGUCGGAUUUUGAUACGGAGGAAAUUGUUAACGUUAGUGAAGUGGACAAUAACAAUACAAAUGUAAUAAUUAGUGAUAUUUUUGAUACACAAGAAAGUACAAAUGAGGGAGUGUUAUUUGACUUUGGUAGGUACGGCUUACCUUCAGACUCUGACGACGACAGCUUUGAGUUUGAAAAGUUUUUAGAAAAUCGCGUUCGUUGCCUUAAACAUCCAAGUGUGGACGAGGAGAGCGUCGCAAGUAGUUCCGAAGAUCCGUCGGAAUUUAAAACUGGAAAAAAGAGCCAGAGGGCGUUAGAAAUAAUUCAAGAGAAUUCUUUAAUAUUGCACCGCAUUUUGCAAUGUCAAAGCCGUUUGACACCUUCACCGCCCGCAUCGAAUGAGGAUACGUCUGAGAACAGCACGGUUGCGUCGAUUCACUUGGACAGUGACAUAUCGUACAGUGCCGAUACGGAAACUUUGGAAGACGUAAAACCCCAGUUUCGUUGUCCCGAUAUAUACGGCAACGAUAAUGCCGAGAAAUCAAUAAUGCAGUCUAGUUACGAAACGGAUAGGAUAAUGUAUUCACCCACGGCAAGUCAUGGUGACCCAAUUGAUCGUGAAAUCCAAUUCGAAUCUGCAUUAAGGAAUUCGAUUCCAUCUGCAUCUACACAAUACGAAGAGGAAUUAAGAUAUAAAUACAAAGAUUUCUCGUAUAGACCUGAAGUAAGAAAUGAAACGGUAUUGGAAAAUGAAAUCGCAAAUAUCUAUAGCCCGGACGAAAUUGAAGUACGGCCAAAGUUUAGUAGCAUACUAGAUUCGGAAUAUACGAGAAAUUUAGAGGAGAAAUAUGAAAAUUUGAUCGUGAAGUCCAGUCGACCAACAUUUCUGGAGGUUACUGCAAGCUUAAGUUCCAGUUGUGGUGCGAGUAAGUAUUCGACCAGUCCCAUAAACAUCGCAGGUUCGAAUAGCUCGAUUAAUAAAAGAUCACCCGAUGGAAGUCUGCGGAAGUCUCCGGUCGACGGUUCAAAUCUCGCGCGCUCACCGAAUUCGGGCAGAAUUUAUAAUCCAUUUCCAAUUAAUAUUAGCUCAAGGCAGAGUAAAGACGUUCCCUUUCGUUUAGGUUUGUACAAGAAGUCAUGAGGAUUGUAAUAAUGUUGCGCUUUUCUAAUAUAACCAUGAUGAAGACUGCAUUUGUUAUCUUUAUUAUUGGAAGAGAAUACGUAAUUUUUUAAGGCAAUUAUGUUAAGAAUCGUUGUAAUUGCAAAGGCCACUGUAAAAUGAACCGAUUCCAGUUUUGGUGUUUACUGCUGCAGAAAAUUGUUGGUGAAGUUCCUAUAAUCAUUUUUCUUGGCGACUUGUUUGCCAAGCUGUUACAGUUAAAUACGAAUUAGUAAAGCCUCGCCAGAUUUUCUGCACUUGUUGAUCAUUUUGUGCUGUGCCACAUCCGUUCUAAAAUUCUAGAAGAAAGAAAUGCAAAUAAUAUAUAUUUCUUUAAUAACUUGUUAACAAAGUACGUUAAUUCAAUAAAUACUGUUUUCUUGAU